AUGCCCCGACAGGACUCAGCGGUCAUGGCCGGCAGUCUGACCCACCAAGGCUCCCCUAACACCGGCUACAGCUCCAACAACAAUGCUGUCCCGGUGCCGGUCAUCACACAGACGGACUCCAGGGACAAAUGGAGCAAAAAGAUGGAUUUUCUCUUGUCUGUCAUUGGCUUUGCGGUGGAUUUGGGAAAUGUUUGGAGAUUUCCAUACGUAUGUUACCAAAACGGUGGCGGGGCUUUCCUUAUUCCCUAUAUUUUGAUGGCCAUCUUUGGUGGUGUGCCACUCUUUUACAUGGAGCUGGCACUGGGACAGUACCACAGAACUGGAGCCAUUUCCAUAUGGAAACACAUCUGUCCCAUUUUCAAAGGUAUAGGAUAUGCCAUUUGUAUCAUCGCCCUGUAUGUGUCCUUCUACUACAACACCAUCAUCGCCUGGGCCCUCUUCUACUUCUACUCCUCUUUCUCCAGUGUCUUGCCAUGGACAAACUGUGACAAUGUGUGGAAUACCGUUGACUGCACCAACUAUUUUGACAUGGACAAUGUCACCUGGACGAAUUCCUCCAGAUCUCCAGCAGAGGAAUUUUACACGAGAAAUGUUCUUGAGAUCCACAAAUCAUCAGGGCUGAAAAAUGUCGGGGGCGUUCGCUGGCAGCUGAUGCUCUGCCUUUUUCUAAUUUUCACUAUAGUUUAUUUCAGUCUCUGGAAGGGGGUGAAGACUUCAGGGAAGGUAGUAUGGGUGACUGCCACCUUGCCCUACAUUGUGCUUUUCAUCCUGCUAAUUCGUGGCGCCACUCUGCCAGGAGCUUGGAGAGGUGUGGUGUUUUACCUAAAACCCCAGUGGGAGAAACUGCUGGAGACCAGUGUGUGGGUGGAUGCUGCUGCUCAGAUAUUCUUCUCUCUGGGACCUGGGUUUGGUGUGCUCCUGGCGCUCUCCAGCUACAACCCUUUCACAAACAACUGCUAUCGUGAUGCCAUUGUGACCAGUUUGGUGAACUGCCUAACCAGCUUUGUGUCAGGGUUUGUAAUCUUCAUGGUACUGGGCUACAUGGCUGAGAAGAGGCAAGUGAAGGUGGAGGACGUAGCCAGGGAUAAAGGGCCGAGUUUACUCUUUAUCACAUACCCAGAAGCCAUUGCUAACUUGCCGGCCUCAACUUUUUUUGCCAUCAUAUUCUUUGUGAUGAUGAUCACGCUGGGACUGGACAGCACGUUUGGUGGGCUGGAGGCCAUCAUCACUGCAGUGUUGGAUGAAUACCCAGAUCAUUUGUCUCAUAGACGUGAACUGUUUGUUCUGGGUUUGGUAGUUGUGUGCUUCUUGGGCUCUCUAAGCACCCUUACUAAUGGUGGUGCCUAUGUGGUGAAGAUGCUGGAGGAGUUUGGGGUUGGAUGCUCCAUCAUUGCUGUGGGUUUCCUCGAGGCCAUUGCAGUUUCCUGGUUCUAUGGCAUCAAAAGGUUUAGCAAUGAUGUUCAAGCCAUGCUGGGAAAAUCUCCAGGAUUAUUCUGGAAGGUGUGCUGGGUCGCCAUCAGUCCAGCAUUUCUGGCGUAUAUCAUAGUGAGCUCCCUGCUGAAACCGCCGAAUCUCACACUGUUCGACUAUAACUACCCAGACUGGAGCAUUACAGUGGGAUACAUAAUCGGCUUCUCAUCCUUCAUGUGGAUCCCUAUCUACAUGGUCUACAAGUUGGUGUGGACCCCGGGAUCUCUCAAACAGAGGCUGGCGGUGUGCCUGAGACCAGAGAGGACCAUACCAGACAUCCACCCUGACAACCUCAACAUGGCUGCUGUUCUGUAG